AUGGCGGCUUAUGGAAGCACACGAGACGGUCCCUUGGAGAAGAAGAGGAAGAAGGUGGUUGUGUGGAGCGAAGAGGAAGAUGUCUCGACGCCUGAUCCGUUCGCGUGGGUUUAUCCUGGCUCCUACUACUUGGCGGCCAAGAAGAUGGAACAGGCCAGACGCGAUGAAGAAUCAGCUCCCCGCCCUGUGAACAUCCCCACGCUCGAUGACUUCAAACCACCGACCAGGUUUCACACUGCCCAGCUCUUCUCCGUCCGUGAAUCUGGAAGCCAGGCCGUGCUCUCCGCUGCCAAAUUUCUCCUAGGGGUUUCAUCCUCUCUUGAUGGUGAACCGCUGAGACGCUGCUCCGGCUUCUGGGUCGAUUGGGAUGAGGGGAACAAAACCGGCCUUGUUUUGACAACUGCGCGGCUCAUUCGCACAAAGGAUGCUCCUGACAACGUCUCGUCAGGCGGCGAACAGUAUGCCCCUCGUGCUGAUGUCACUGUUCAUUUGUUAAAUGGCACUAGUGCAAAGGGCGAGCUGGUCUACUAUCAGCCCCAUUACGAUAUCGCUUUCUUGAAUGUUAAGGUGGAUCAACCAUUCAAGUUACCAUCUCUUCGUGAAAAAGAUGUAAAAUUUGCUGAAGAGGUUUUUCAGCUCGGAAGAGACAAUUCCUUAAAUCUAAGGAUAACAUAUGCUAGGGCAAAGUAUAUGAAUCCAACCAUGUUUGAGCGGCACCACAACAUGUACUUUCAUUCUCUAGAUGGCCAUUACUAUGAUAAUGAGUAUGACAACGGGGGGCUAGUUAUUGACUUGAAUGGAAAAGUUGCCGGAAUGGUCAACAACCCUGAGGGAUUUGGGUCUUUUAUACCUUCUUCCAUCUUGCUCAAUUGUUUGGAUUCAUGGAAGAAAUAUCGGUACAUCCCUCGGCCCCAUCUUGGGAUGACAUUUAAGGCCGUCAAGCUUCUACAGCCUGCUCAUGUUGACAUGUUAUGGCGCAUGUGUAACAUUGAUGAUGGUCUUGUUGUUCAGGAGGUGUCGAAAGGAUCUGAUGCUGAGAUACUCGGAAUCCAAGAAGGUGAUCUUAUUGAAUGUAUGAAUGGAAAAUGCAUUUCUACCACAAUUGAGUUGGAAAAUACGUUGAUGAGCCUAUGUAAAGGCCUUUCAGACAGUCAAAAUGGCCAUAAUGCUGAAGUUUGUAUUUCUGCGUCGCAGCGGAACCAACCGCGGUACGUCCCCGAUAGCAACGCGCUGUGGACGGCGUACUUCGAGCGGCGCCACGAGGAGCAGAUCGCCCUCACCAACGGUGCCGAGCCCGCGGCUGCCACAACUUCGAGGGGAGGCGCCGAUGGUGGGGCGUUCCAGGCCGCACCCUCGAGGCCGUCCUCGAGCACAUCGAGGCUGACAACACGCCGCGCUUGGAGUACCCGGCGCCCCCCUCCUCUCGCCGCCGCGGCGAAUGGAGACAGGGACAACAUCGUCUUUGGGCUCUGGCUCUCUGUCCGCCGGCUCGCCGGCGCUUCGCCUUGUCAAGCCGAAGCCACAAGAGACGUCACUGGGCGCCGCACUCGCGGCGGCGCCCUUGUCAUCAGCGAGGGAGGCCGCCCCUCUCCUUCUUCCUACUGCCUCAUCCGACCGAAGACCAAGCUGGGUUUGCUCCCCGUGAAGAAGAUGCACGAGGCCAUGGCCGCCGCCGACGAGACCGCCCUCAAGUGGGCGAAGGCGGACUACGUCCGCGAGCAGAUGGAGUGCCAGCGUCGGGCCUUCGAGGAGAUCGUCGCUCAGCGCCGCGGACGCGAGGAGGGCGGCGUGGUCGUCCUUGAUAGCGACGACGAGGAUGCGCCCGGGCCGUCCAACCCCCCGCGCAUUGGCUAG